AGUCAGUAGUCACACUCGGAGAUACGCCUCGAAACGGACGGUACACGAUUUACCUCAUAUUCGCUCUAGCUGGUCUAUGCAUAUCGAGUUGGAAAUAACGUUCCUCUCAUGAAUGCUCCUCAAGCUUCCGCUGUGCCGGCUGCGCCGGCCGCGCUACAGCAGCCAGCUCAGCGUGCUUCAGUCGGUGGUUUAAGAUAUCCUACGAAUCGGAAAACCAUAUACGAUCGCAAUCUCAAUCGCAGCAGGACAUCAGAACUUAGCAAGGCCAGCUUUGCUUAUCUCUUUGGGGAAAUGGUCAGCUACGCGCAAAGACGGGUAACGGGUAUUCAAGACCUGGAGCGAAGGCUCAAUGUUCAAGGUCAUCCGCUUGGUCUCCGACUGCUUGAUCUGCUCCUCUAUCGCGAACCUACCCGCUCCGUCCAGCGACCGACUCGUAUCUUACCUCUAUUACAAUUCAUAACAACUACACUAUGGAAGCAUUUGUUCUCCCGAUCAGCGGACGCUUUGGAACGCUCUAAAGACAACGAGGACGAGUAUAUGAUCAGCGACAAUGACCCUCUCGUCAACCAAUACAUCAGCGUACCAAAGGAGAUGAACCAAUUGAAUUGUGCCGCAUAUGUUGCUGGAAUUAUAGAGGGGAUUUGUGAUGGAACAGGAUUUGCCGCGCGUGUGACCGCCCACAGCGUGCCCACCGAAUUAUGGCCAGCAAAAACUGUCUUUUUGAUAAAAUUCGAACCUGAAGUAAUGGAGAGGGAGGCCUUUUUGGAGAAGGCACGGUAGUUAGGUUGACUUUAAUCUUCUCCUCAAAGAGAUACAGCUAAUCUGUACACGCAUGGGCAUCGGCGUCACGGCAUUUCAGGGCGUUGUGGGGGUACGAAUAUUUGUUUGAGAUGCGAACUUAUUGCAAGACAAUAGGGAUAUCAUUAGUUUUUCUUUUCAUGGCCAGAUAUUAUGUUGACUACCUCGUGUCAACUCGCCGCCGCUUCUCAUGUGAAUAACUCUCAUUCGCA